GGUAAGACGUGACCAAACUGCGAAUCAGAUAGCCGUAGUAAAAGUAUAAAACCCUAAACACUGUCUUCCCGCUUCACUUGUUCAUAGUUUUGAGCUUCGAUUAGAAAAGCUUUUCGAUUUCCUCUUUCUUUUUUGAAGUAUUUGCUAAUGGCUUCAGCUUGCAAGAGAUUCAUCAGUAGAUCAUCAUCCUCCGUCAAAUCCGCCUUUAGAACCAAUGGUCCAAAAUCCCAAUUCUCAAGAUCUGCUGCUGCUCCCUCCUCCCCUCGAUCACCCCUCCCCUCCCAAUCCUCCUCUCCUCUUCGCCGUUUAUCUUUCUCCAGGUGUCCUUCGGAGCUGGGCUGUGCACAUUCACUGUUGCCGCUGCACAGUGCGGUGGCGGCGGCGAGGCUGACGUCCUGCCUGACCUCAACAUCGAGGAGUUGCCGGGCACUUUCUCAGGAUGGAAUUGAUGGUACGUGAGACACGUGGCUGUUUUCGGAAGGCGAAGCCUGUCAUCUAUUUUUCAUUUUAGUUUGACAUUGAACUCAGUGGGAAACCAGUUUUAGAUGAUCUUAGUCACAUUUCUAGUGUUCUUAUGUUUAGAAGUUAAAAAACAGAUAUAAUAUACAGCAUUCAUUAAUUUGUUCCUUUUUGGAGCUUGUGCUGAUGCACUGGAUUGUUGGUCGGAGUUAAAAGCUAUUAUCCGUGCUUUGUUUACACAUUGUUGAAUGGUUUCUGCUAACAAGUCUCUGAUUUGAGUGCAUUUUCUGUGCAAUAGAGUUUGGUCUAGCCGUUCCAAGGUAACUGAUAGAGACCAUGGUUACGAUACGACGAGGUGUGUUCAAAUAACUGGAGCGGCAAGGAGCUAUGGACUUUCAUUUGAAAAAGAAAAGUGUUGUCAUUUCAUUCCAACAGCAGUGAAGCUGAUUUUGAUUCAUGCAAGUUCUGAGAUUAAGAAUGUUUAACGAGUUUGGGAUGCUUAACAGGCCAAACCAUCACGGUCUUCCAACUUGAAUAAGAAAUUCAGUUGUCUUA